CCCCCCCCCGCAACCCUGGUCGAGGACAGGCGGAGGGGAGCCAUGUUGAUGCCCGCGCCCGUGUCUCUCUCUGAAGGCUUCGAGGACGGCGGGCAAGCCGACGCGGUGACCCGGGGUGCAGCGCAAUGAGAAGAGGAGGACGAGCCGGGGCGGCACCGGAGGGACUUGCAAGCCUUUAGUAGGACCCUGCUUCCCCCCUCCCUCCUCCACCCUUCCCCGGACAUCAUCACAGCAAAGCAACGGAAGUUGAUGCUAUUUAGCUCCGUAGCCGGGGUGGGUUGCACCCCGGGAUUUCCUCCACCCAACUCCCGUUUGCCACUUUGUUUGUAACCGUCCCACAUCGACGUAACCGACCAAAAAAACGUUUUCUUUUCGGGGAGUGGAACUUCCGCCGUAGUCCACUUGAAAUGGUUCUCCGAAGCUAGCAUGCUAGUUAGCAUGUGACAGCUAGCUCGCGUCUCUCCGAGUCACGACCGUCUUUUUUUCUGGUUUCACUGGGGAGGAAAACAACAAGUUGACGGAUGUAGCCCACCGCAGUGCGGGCAUGGAGCUCCGUCCCGUGUCGGAAGAAAGCAUUCCGUUCUCCUGGCUUGCGUGCCGAGCAGCGAGCGCCUAAGUUUCCUGGGCUGCGGACGUCCUCGCCUCGCCCCGCCGUCCUCCUCCCCGGCUCCCAACUCAAGCAAGCUGGCGGCCCCCCAGGUGGAAGCCGACGACAAGGAGCUCGGGCCCAUGGCCUGGGUGCUCAAGAUCGACGACGCCACCAUCGAGUCCGGGCUGGUGCACGACUUCGAUGCCAGCCUCUCCGGCAUCGGGCAGGAGCUGGGGGCCGGAGCCUACAGCAUGAGCGACGUGCUGGCCCUGCCCAUCUUCAAGCAGGAGGACUCCAGCCUGCCCCCAGUAAACGAGACCAAAAACCCGCCAUUCCAGUACGUGCUGUGCGCCGCCACCUCGCCGGCCGUCAAGCUGCACGACGAGACGCUCACAUACCUCAACCAAGGCCAGUCUUACGAGGUACGCAUGUUGGACAACAGGAAGCCCGAUGAGUUGCCAGAACUCAACAACAAGCUGGUGAAGAGCAUCGUGAGAGUGGUGUUCCACGACCGGCGGCUGCAGUACACGGAGCACCAGCAGCUGGAGGGCUGGAAGUGGAACCGCCCCGGCGACCGUCUACUUGAUAUCGAUAUUCCCAUGUCGGUGGGCAUUGUGGAGCCCAAGACGCACCUUUCCCAGCUGAAUGCGGCCGAGUUCCUGUGGGACUUGAACAAAAGAGCGUCUGUGUUUGUGCAGGUGCACUGCAUCAGCACCGAGUUCACGCCCAGGAAGCACGGCGGCGAGAAGGGCGUCCCCUUCAGGAUUCAGUUCGACACCUUCGCUCAGGGAGACAACGGCGAGUACCUGGAGCACCUGCACUCGGCCUCCUGCCAAAUUAAAGUCUUCAAGCCAAAGGGCGCGGACCGUAAGCAGAAGACGGACCGGGAGAAGAUGGAGAAGAGAAGCCCCCAGGAGAAGGAGAAGUACCAGCCUUCUUACGAUACCACUAUCCUGUGUGAGACCAGACUGGAGCCCAUCAUCGAGGAGGCCGGCGACCACGAGCUGAAGAAGUCCAGCAAGCGGACACUUCCUGCUGACUGCGGCGACUCUCUGGCCAAGAGAGGCAGCUGCUCGCCAUGGCCAGACAACACCUACGUCAGCACCAACCAGGCAGCCGCUCCCUCCUUCACCUCCACCCCGCUCUCCACCUACACCACCUCAUCGCUCCCUGACAGUGACUCGUCCUCCCCCAAUCACCAGGCGGAACCUGGUGGCCACGGCAACACUGAGCAGUUGAGUCCUACGGCGUCCAUUCAGGACACGCAGAAGUGGCUCGUGAAAAACCGCUUCAACUCCUACGCUCGAGUCUUCUCGCACUUCUCAGGUUCUGAUUUGCUGAAGUUAAACCGGGACGACCUGGUCCAGAUUUGUGGUCCCGCAGAUGGAAUCCGACUCUUCAACGCGCUGAAAUCAAAGUCCGUGCGUCCCAGGUUGACGCUGUACGUGUGUCAAGAGUCGCCUCAGGACAGCCCCCUGCUGGAGAGACACGCCGCCAAUGAAAACGGAGAGCAGUGCGCCUCGCCCAGUUUACACGUCUACCACGCCUUGUACUUGGAGGAGCUGACGGCCGCCGAGCUCAUCCGCAAGAUGGCGAGCGUGUGCUGCCUCCCGCUUGGAAACAUCAACCAGGUGUACAGACAAGGUCCCACAGGCAUACACAUCCUGCUCAGUGACCAGAUGGUUUACAACUUGACAGACGAGAGCUGCUUCGUCAUCAGCACUGUCAAAGAUGAGCACGGCGAAGGACUCCAUCUCAUCCUGAAGUAGGCGGGGGCAGACGACGACGACGACGGGGCGUCCCACCGGUCGUCGUUUCCCUCCUCCCACCCUUCUCCCGUCCUGAUUGGUUGUUGCAUGGCCAGGAAAGAGGCGUGUAAAUGUUAGAAUCUGACAUGCGGGGGGGUGACCACUGUUUCAUAUUGAAAACAUUAGGAGCACAAAGAGGUGUGUGAAAGGUAACGCAGCAUCCCUCUUUAGGCGCGGGGUCGUUGAGAAAGCGGCCAGUAUUCCAUGACCUUUUUGCACGCUAUCUCAGCUUGCUAUUGGGGGAGGGGGGGGGGUGUCCUAAUAACAACGUCAUUUAGUGACCCAAUCAGUGUCUCGCUAUCUGCCUGUUACCCUUUUUAUUCUUUUCUUUUAGUCAACAGAAUCGUCUUCUUUCCUUCCUUCUGGUGCCGUGUGAGCUUUUUUACUCGCGCCUGGGACAACGCCGCCCUCCAAACUUUGUUGCUUUUGACAGGACGGCCAUCUUUAAAGAAAGACAGCAAAUGUGGACCAAACUGUGCGUUUCAUCCUAUGGACUUUUUAAAUCAUGGCAGCUCCACAUCCAUCCAUCCAUCCAUCCUUCGUUUUUUUUUUUUAUGUUGCUGAGCAAGUGCACACACACACACACAUCCUGUGUAGGUUUAGUCCACCCUCCUAAAUGUGCUGUCUGCCUCUUUAAAAAGUGUCAGUGUGUGAAUGUGCAUGUUUUUUUUCCCCUUGCAAAGACUCGAUUGAUCCUAAUAGAUUUGUUAGCUUGCUGUAGAGCACUUCUUCUCAAAUAGCGGGGCGGGCCCCCCCUGGGAGGGGCAAUGGCGUGUACCUUGACACAUACAGUUAGGUAAAAAAAUUCACUCCAGCCGGGGUGGAGGGACGUGAAAAAAAUUCCGUCUGUAAGCAAAAUUAAACUAAGUAAGUUCCAGACCGCCCCUAAAAUGCUUGCUUUUGACAUAGGGGGCGGGGCUCCGUGGGGUGAAGGUGAGAAGCAAUGGCGUAAAAGUGUCUUUACUGUAAGUAGAGAACUAUCUUGACACAUAUGAAAAAAAAAUCAACUUGUGACAGAAAAUAAUAAGAGAAGCACUGCUGUAGAGACAAGCGCAUGUGUGGUAAGUCCGGCGGGACGAGGUCGGAGGUCAAACCUCAGAAGAGACGAGGCCAUCUGUUCUAGAAAAGAAAAAAAAACAACGUCCAUAUGUAGACAGGUGACCUCCAGACACACACCUCGUCCUCGUCGUCGUCGUCUUGCUGCGUCACAGCAGAGUCUGGACUUGUAGCUCCUGUGGCGCCAACACAACACACCUCAUAAUGUUAUUAAUAAUAACCCUGGAUGUUCAUCGACCCCAAACAGUGAGCGAGCGUGGGCCAAUAAGACCAGCGGUGUGUGUUUUUUGUGUGUGUGGCGCGAAUGAGAGGACUCUUAAAUGUUGACGAUUCUGCUUGUAUGCUGGACACGUGCUGGGAAUAAAUGCUUUCAUAACUUG